CUGUAACCCACCAUACAAACCAAGCAAUUUUUUAUUCGUGAUAGGAAAGUUCGUGAUCACAAAGCAAAAUGGCGAUACGUGAAAAUAGCAACGGAAAUUGGCAGGCUGGAAAAAAUGUACUUGGAUGCAAUGAAUAUAUGUUGAACAACCAAAUAUACUGUGACGUCACUUUUAAAGUCGGAACAGCGGGAAAAGAGGUGAAGGCACACAAGUAUGUCCUAGCCAGUAGAAGCUCAGUGUUUGCUGCAAUGCUUUAUGGAAGUUUAUCAGAAGCUAAUGACGUCAUAGCCGUACCAGACAUAGAAGCUGAAAUAUUUAAUAUUCUUUUAAAGUUUUUGUAUUUUGAAGACCACGGAAUCGAUGAUACAACUGUUAUAACAACACUUUAUGCUGCUGAGAAAUACGCCGUUACUGAACUAGUUGGAAUUUGCCAAUCUUUUCUAGAGUCAAAAAUUGCAGCGGACAACGUCUGUGUUAUCAUGGAAAAUGCCAGGAUGUUUAACAUGGCUGAUUUGUUAACGAAAUGCAAAGACUUCAUUUUUGUCACUGGGUAUGUUGCUAGCAGAGUAUUCGAGUCUGAUAGUUUCCUUGAUCUUAAAAGAGAAAUCUUGCUAUCACUCGUUGAAUCAGAUGAAUUACCUCUUGAGGAAAAUUUCAUAUACCAGUCAUUAAUACGCUGGGCCAAACAUAAAUGUGUUAAGGAAGGGAAAGAGAAUCCAAAUUUGACAGAUAUUCGAAAAAUGCUAGCAAAUACUAUUUUCGAGGUACGAUUUCCAACCAUGUCUCUAGAAACCUUUUGGAAGGAUAUGGCAUCAGAUGAAAUAUUGACUCCCGAUGAAAAAGUUCAUAUUUCUCAAGUUAUAGUUGGAAAAACUAAUCAAAAUACCGUUUUCAAAUCGACUGUACGUAAAAGAGAUGUACACAUUUUGAGAUCUCAAUCCGAUCCCACUGUAUGCAGUUGGGGAUAUGCUGGCAGCGUGGAUGCUAUAGAAUUCGAAGUAAACAAACCUGUUUCCUUAUGUGGUAUUCUGCUAUAUGGAAAUUCAAAUAAUCAAUACAGUUAUGAUGUGGAGAUAAAAAUCAUUUCUUUAUCUGAUAUUGUUCUGGUACACAUGCUACCAAAGAAGAUUACGGAAUCUUGCAAAAUGUUUCAAGUUAAUUUCGACAAACCAUGUAAAGUAAAUCCAAACGAGAGAUAUACAGUAUGGGUAAAGAUGAACGGAUCUAAAUCAUACCGAGGAAAUUAUUCUGAAUGUGUUGAGUAUAAAGACCAUAAAUUCAAAUUUUAUAAGAGUAAGUACUCCAACAAUGGAACAGAUGUUGGAAUAGGACAAAUUCCUGGACUUCUUUGUUAUUUGAAGUAGUCUGAUCACUUACUGUCUCUAAGAUAUCCUCAUGUACAUAAGAUAUUUCUGCUGCUUGCUGAUAAACUUGUACAUGUACUGUAUUUAACAAUGAUCAUUACUAUAACAUAUAUUAUAAUGGAUAAUAAUAUUAUACAAAUAGUGUAUUCACCUUUCUUAUAAAACUGUAUAAAGUCUUUCAUAUGUUGUUUAUCGUUAAUAAACAUGUUACAGUAAACGCUCUCUUUGGUUUUUCAAAAGGGAAAUUAGCGCAUUAGAUGUACUAAAGGAAGAGGAAAUGUACAGGUGGGGAACUUGCUUUAUAAGGAUAAUUAGAUAUUAUCAACUUGAAUCCAAUCUUCGUUGCAAAUUAUAUCUUGUAAUAGACGAUAUAUUCUGUGUCGCUUAAAACGAGUAACAAAUAUACUCAUACAUGUAUCUGUAAGAAUUGGACAUAAGUUGUUGACAUAUUGGUAAUUUUACUUUUAUUAGAUUUUUAACAAAAUGAAAGCCUUCAUGGCCUUUACGGUUAC